AUGAGGAAUAUCGACCAAAGGGCCAUUACAGACGGCAAGUUAGAUCCCCGUGACAUUGUCAUGUCAAAGCCCUUUCACGGGACCCGUCUGUUUCAAGUGAUAAGGCUUCUUCCGGAGUUCGGGGGUUCUGUAUUAAGAACGUUGAAUGAGCAGGCGGAGGAGAGAUUGAUUCAGCAUGUGGAAGUGACUAAACUUGUAGCGCAAGAACCUGGAAACACUAGCAAUGAGAAGCCUUUGAGAGGAAAGAAAGUGCUGGUUGCCGAUGACGGCAAUGUAAUGCGAAAGCUGGCUGUAGCUCAUCUUUCAAAUCUUGGUGCGACCAUCCAUCUCUGUGAAAACGGGCAAGAAGCUGUUGAAUCGUUUCGCAGGGGGCUUAGCGAGCAGAGGCAACGAGGAGCUUAUGAUGUUCGUCCUUAUGAUUAUAUAUUGAUGGACUGCGAGAUGCCGAUAAUGGAUGGUUAUGAAGCAGCAAGACUGAUUAGAGAGGAGGAAAAGCAUUAUGGCGUCCGCACACCGAUCAUAGCAUUGACGGCUCAUUCCUCAGCCUCCGAAGUGGAGAAGAUAUUCAAGGCCGGGAUGGAUUUCCACAUGCGAAAGCCCAUGAACGCCGUCUGCCUGAUGAAAGCCAUCAAUCAAAUUGACAGCAGAUGA